AUGGUUUUUCAUCUACGACGUCUGGCGGCAGACCAUGCUGCCCUGCAUUCCAACCUCCCGCCGUACUACCUCCUGCAGCCGGAUGAUGGGCACUUCGCUGCAGCCGAUGACCUGUCGCAGGUGACCAUCAUGCUUACCGGGCCAACCGGGACUCCCUACUCCCAAGGUCUAUGGCGCCUGCAGCUGAAGAUCCCAGAGGACUAUCCUAACAGCCCACCUAAGGCCACAUUUCGGACCCGCAUAUGGCAUCCCAAUGUCGAGGAGAUGACUGGCGCCGUCUGCGUAGAUACUCUAAAGAGAGACUGGCAGUCCAAGCUGACUCUGCGCGAUGUUUUGAUUACUAUCUCUUGUCUUCUCAUCAACCCUAACCCUGACUCCGCUCUGAACUCCACCGCCGGAAACUUGCUUCAAGAGGACUACGAUAUCUUCGCCCACCAAGCCAGACUAAUGACCUCCAUUCACGCUCCGAUCCAGCCGGCCUUCCAAGCCGCCGUCAACGAAGCGAAAUGCCGAGGCGAGGAUCCCGGCACCACCGUCCCCCGCGAACCAGAUACUCAGAACCAGCGCCCGCGCAAACAACAGCGCGUCCAGACAGGCACAACCAUGAAAAGCAAUCGCCCGCCAUCCGUGUAUCUCCCCCACGCUCCUCGCGACAUCGCCACCCACCCACAAUCCAUACCAGAAGACCCCGACCAGAUGGAGAUAAGCGAUGACGAAGAGAACGACGACCCAGCCAGCGCAAGCAAAGAAAAUAACCCCUCCCUCUCCCCAACACCCGUCAACCUCGCACCACCACCCACCAGCCCCCGCAAAAACGCCUUCGGCAAACGCCCACUAUCCGUCCUCUCACUCGCAUACUCGGAAGACCCAGACACAGAACUGAUGCUUGUGGACUCGGACUCGGAGCCAGACAACGAUUCCGGUCCCUCAUCAAAUACACCUAGCUUCGGCUCUUCCGACAAAAACAUCGCCGCCAAUACCUACACUCCCCCCUCCGCCGUAACCAACUUCUCCCGCCACAUCCGCAGUAACCCACAGCGCCGAGUGCCCAAACUCGCCCUGAGCAGAAGGGGCAACACGCCUACCCGCCUCCGCGAAGAUGUUCAGAUCUACGAGGACGUGCCAGACCGCACAGUAACAGAUAUCUCGCGCCGCUUCGGCAGCGACGGGAAAGAGAACCGCGAUUCCGUAUCCGGGUCUCGUGGUCUGAAAGACGUCUCUGGGCUGCAGGCUGAGAGGGUGGCCCAGACUGUUGCGCCGCAGUCUAUGCAAACCGGGCACCCGCAGAAUUCCGCGGCAUCCCUAGUACCGAAGUCAUCGCCUUCGAAGGUGUCGAAGAAGGUCCCUGGUCUGCGGAAGGGAGCUAUGCCGAAGGUCAAGCCUCGAAUUGGUCUUCGACGACUUUAA